AUGUCUAACAACAUCAUCUCUUUGAUAGACGAAGAUGUAGUGAAACAAGAGGCAAUUUCAGUCUUCUCACCAAACAAUCCCACCCCAACUGAGACGAUCUUCCUAUCGAAUAUCGAUCAGGCAGUAACUUUUCCAGUGGAAACUGUCUUCUUCUAUGAAGCUCCGCCAUGUUCAUCCACUGCUGGAGUUGCUGAAAUGGUGAGAAAAGCUGUGGAGAAUGUGUUGCUCAUCCCAUACUAUUUCAUGGCCGGGAGGCUGAGCUUCAACGACGAGAGCAAGAGGCUAGAACUCAUCUGCAACAACACGGGAGUCUUGUUUGUGAGCGCAGAAUCAAGAUUCUCUCUCGAGGAUCUUGGCAACCUCUCUCAUCCCAACCCAACCUUCCAUCGCUUCGUUCAUCGACCCGGCCUUUAUAAAAGCUUACCGGAAACUGCAAUUUUCACUGUUCAGGUGACAAAAUUUGCAUGUGGUGGGUUCGCACUAGGGUUUGUAACAAACCAUGCAAUUCUGGAUGGGAAAUCAGCGAGCCAAAUGUUCCAAGAUCUUGGCUCAAUCUGCAGAGGAGAUGCAGAAGAAAUAAAAAAGAAAUCAAUCAACAACGAGCGCAGUUGCAUCAAAUCAAGAACACCACCCCAAAUCGAUUUCCCACACAAGGAAUACAUCCAGCUCGGCAAAACAUCAUCUCUAGCUUCAUCUUUCACCUCCCAAGCGCGGAAUUCUCCAUCUCCAUUAAUCUUCUCUGACAAGUACACCCACAGAGUGCUGCGCUUCACCUCGGAGAUGCUCAAGCUGCUCAAGGACAAGGCCGAGAUCAAGUGCUCGACGUUCGAGGCCAUCGUGGCCCACAUAUGGCGGGCGAGGACCAUGGCUUACUUCAAUGAUGAGGACCGGGAUCGGGAAUCGAUGGUCCUCUUCGCAGUGGAUGUGAGGGAGAGGGUGUCGCCGCCGCUGCCUGGGAGUUUCGCGGGGAACGCGGUGAUCACGGCGUUUGCAAGCGCGAGGGUGGGGGAUUUGGUGGGGAGGCCGGCGUGGUUCGGGGUGGAGAUGGUGAGGAGAGGGAGGGAGAGGGUGACGCCGGAGUAUAUAAGGUCGGUGAUCGACUGGCUGGAGGUGUAUAAAGGGAUUCCGGCGACGGGGGGCGGCGGGUUCUAUGUGUCGGCAUGGUGGAAGCUGCCGUUUGGGGAGGUGGAUAUAGGGUUUGGGAGGCCGAAGCAUGCGGGGCCGAUUGUGAGUGGGAAUGAUGAGUUUGUGGUGCUGUUGGGACAAGGACAAGAUGGUCAAGGGAUUAAUGUGUGGAUUGGGUUGGACAAGGACAAGAUGGACACCUUUCUCUCAUGUGUCUAUCAGAUUUAGUUAUCGUUUUAAUAAACUUAUUAAAUAAUGUGCCCUUUAACAUAGAUUCCAAAUACUACAAAUCUAGAGUAUUUUAUAUUUUAUG